UGUGCAAGUUAGCAGCCAGACAGGGGCUUUGGCGCCCAGACCAACUCGAAAAGCUGUAGGUAUCCAAAGGGGAGAUGUGAAAGAGCCUUGCAAACUGUCGGCUCCUGGGGUGGGAGGGUCCGCGGUGAAGCGUGGCAGGAUGAAGGGGCGAGGUGAGAGGAUAAUUUAGAUUUCAAGACACAGGUGGGAGGAGGGACUUCUGGAGAGAGCCCGCUCUGAGCGACAGGUUUGUUGUGGCUCCGGAGCACCCCGGCGGGAGAUCUCCGGGUGCGGCCCGCCCCCUAUCUGCCCCACCCCCAGUCUGGCCAGCAGCAGCGGCGGCCCCUUUAAGAGCAGUCAAGGCGCCCCCUGGUGGCGGAACGCGGACAGCGCAGCGCGCGGCCGGAGCUGGAGCCGGAGCCCGGAGCCCGGAGCGGAGCCGGAGCGGAGCCGGGGCGGAGCGGGGCCGAUCGGGCCGAGCCAGCAGCCGAGCUGGGGGCGCGGGCGGGCGGUAUGUACCGGGCCCGGGCGGCGCGGGCGGGGCCGGAGCCCGGCAGCCCGGGGCGCUUUGGGAUCCUCAGCACCGGGCAGCUCCGGGAUCUGCUUCAAGAUGAGCCUAAGCUGGACCGGAUCGUGCGGCUCAGCAGGAAGUUCCAGGGUCUGCAGCUGGAGCGGGACGCCUGCUUGGCCUCUAACUACGCGCUGGCCAAGGAGAACCUGGCCUUGCGGCCCCGCCUGGAGAUGGGCCGGACAGCCCUGGCCAUCAAGUACCAAGAGCUUCGAGAGGUGGCCGAGAACUGCGCAGACAAACUGCAGAGACUGGAGAAGACCAUGCAUCGCUGGAGCCCCCAAUGUGCGCUGGGCUGGCUGCAGGCUGAGCUGGAGGAGGCUGAACAGGAGGCUGAGGUCCAGAUGGAGCAGCUGCUGCUGGGGGAACAGAGCCUGGAGGCCUUCCUGCCCGCCUUCCAGAGGGGCCGUGCCCUGGCCCACCUGAGGCGGACACAGGCAGAGAAACUACAGGAAGUGCUGAGGCGUCGAGAGCGCUCUGCCCAGCCGGCCCCCACCACUGCCGCCGCCGCCACCGCCGUGGAGCCCCCCAAACCCUUCCCAGCUGCUGCCGUGCUGCCCACUGGGGCCGCCCGGGGAGCACCACCAGCAGUACCCCGGAGCCUGCCCCCCUUGGACUCCCGCCCAGUGCCCCCAGCCAAGGGCUCCCCCGGGUGCCCUUUUGGCCCAGCCCCUUUGCUGAGCCCACGACCCUCUCAGCCUGAACCCCCUCAUCGGUAGGAGCCAGGGUGCGGCCUCCCAGAGGGGCUCCAGACAAACUUGAUUCAUGGCUCCUCCUCCUCCCCCACUGCCUGGGUGGGGGGAGGGGCAGGCCCCUCCCCCUAGCCUCAGGCAGGCCCAGGGCCCUGGAGGCUGAGCUGGGGAAGAGGGGCUCCCCGAAGAGGCCCA